AUGCUCAGCAGGAAAGGUUACAUUGGACGUCAGCUCAGGCCGUCGCAGCUGGCGCGGGAACUCCUGCCGGCGGACCAGACAUGGUGUGCGACAUGUCAUCUUGCGCUCCUGAAGAAAAAUUGGCCGGAGCAUCGGGCGUCGCGUAGUCACCGCCUUGCCUCAUCGAAGAUGCAAAAGAUGAAGCAGCUGUCACUUGACAUGUGGGCACGGCAUCGUGCUGCACCGUUGCAGGAAGAAAGCGCCCAUGCGGAGGACAUUGAGGCGGAGUUUGAAAGAUUCCGCAAUGAGCAAAAGGGGCGUGAACAGAUGGUCCGCGCGUCCUCCUGGCAGAAGUGA